AAGAAAAAUGAAGAUCCUCCUGCUUCUAUUAAGUGACCUUGGGAUAUAGCACCCAAUAACAUUGCAACCGAAAUACAAACACAGAUCAAUUCUGAAAGAGAUGUCGAUUCCAGAGGUGAAACUGGCUUCAUCUUCCGAUCAGCGGAACAUGCCGGUAAUGGCAUUGGGCACAGCUGCUGAUCCAUUUGACGAAUCUGCAAUGAGAGCUGCGAUCUUGGAUGCAAUUAGGCUUGGUUACAGGCACUUUGACACUGCGGCUAUGUACGGUUCAGAGAAUGUUUUAGGCGAAGCGAUUAUAGAAGCUCUUAAACUUGGGGUUUUGGGUUCUAGAAAUGAACUCUUCAUCACUUCAAAGCUUUGGACAAGUGACGCUCAUGCUCAUCUUGUUGGUACUGCUCUGAAGAAAUCUCUCAGGAAUCUGCAGUUGGACUAUCUGGAUCUUUAUCUAGUUCACUGGCCUAUCAGUUCUAAGCCAGGAAGAUAUGAUUAUCCAAUGCCUAAAGAGGAGCUUCAAGCAAUGGACUUCAAGGCUGUUUGGGCAGCUAUGGAAGAGUGUCAAAGACUUGGCCUUACAAAGUCUAUUGGAGUCAGCAACUUCUCUUGUAAGAAGCUUGAUAUCAUACUUUCCUCGGCUACUAUUCCUCCUUCAGUCAAUCAAGUGGAAUUGAACCCUGUCUGGCAACAGAAGAAGCUUAUAGAAUUUUGCAGGAGACAUAGCAUCAUAGUGACUGCUUUCUCUCCUUUAGGAGCAAAAGGUGCCAAUUGGGGCAGCAAUUUGGUCAUGGAUAAUGAAAUUCUGAAAGAGGUAGCAAAGGCUCAUGGGAAGACUGUUGCUCAGGUGGCUCUGAGGUGGAUAAUUGAGCAAGGAACAACUCUUGUAGUUAAGAGCUAUAAAAAGGAGAGGCUAAAGGAGAAUAUGGAGAUAUUUGAUUGGACAUUGUCACAGGAGGCCAUUGACAAGAUCAACCAAAUCCCACAACAAAGAUUCAUGCUUAAGGAGGAAUUUGUUUCGCCCGAUGGGCCAUUUAAGUCCAUUGAAGAGCUCUGGGAUGGGGAGCUCUAAGGUGGAUAUAUGCAUGCAACUAAAUAAUCAAGUAAAUAAGCGCUUAGUGCCAUGCAAUUUAUGGUGGCUUUAGUCAACUAAAUGAUGGUGGUAUAUUUUCUGUCAGUUGCUGUUGUUGUUAUAGCCUAUAAUCACUCUUUAUAAUUUGUAUUAUAGGGUUCUUGUCAUUGAACAGGAUACUAAUGCUGCUUUGUUUUUCUA